CUCACCGGCGUUUUCAGCCAGUGAGAGUAAAGUAAAGCUCGGCUGACGUGCACUCCUCCACGGAACGACGCGGAUCUGAGGGGAAUCGUAAAUGCAACUUUCCUUUCGUUUUCACUGCCAGUUUUGAAUUAAACUUAUAUUAUUGUCAUCACAAGAACAUGUAUUCGAUAUCCUCAUGACUGUGAGUCGUAAUAAGAGAUGAGAAAAGCGAGAAAGCGACUGCCAGCGAGCGGAUCGCAAGCGUCUAACAGGAGACAUGAAGAACAAUUGCCCUGGAAGAAACAGAAGCUUCUGGAUAUCCAUCAGGCUCUGAACAGUGACCCUGUGGAGAUCGAGACCCUUCGGCGGGCGGCUGUGAGCGAAGGCGGUUUGCUGACAGAUGACAUCAGGAGAAAAGUUUGGCCUAAACUCCUCAGUAUCAACGUGUACAGUCUGCCUGCCAAACCCUCCAAAGAUGUCCGAGAAGACCACAAAGACUACAGACAGGUGGUGCUCGAUGUCAGGAGAUCAAUGCGGCGUUUCCCGAAAGGCAUGCGUGUGGACGAGCGAGAGGUUCUCCAGGAGCAGCUGAUAGACAUCAUUCUGGAUGUUCUGAGGAGAAAUCCUCAACUGCACUAUUACCAGGGUUAUCAUGACAUGGUGGUGACCUUCCUGCUGGUUGUGGGGGAGAGGAUGACCAUCGCGAUAAUGGAGAAACUGUCCAAUCAUCAUCUCAGGGAUUUCAUGGACCCCACCAUGGACAACACAAAACACAUCCUGAACUACCUGAUGCCCAUUCUGGAGCGAGUGGACCAAGAGUUACACGACUUCAUGAUAAGGUCAGAGGUGGGCACUAUCUUCGCCCUGAGCUGGCUGAUCACAUGGUACGGCUACGUCCUGUCAGAUUUCCGGCAUGUUCUGCGGCUCUAUGAUUUCUUCCUGGCUUCUCACCCACUCAUGGCCAUCUACUUCGCCGCUGUGAUUGUGUUGUACAGACAGAAGGAAGUGAAGAGCAGUGAGUGUGAUAUGGCCAGCGUUCAUCACCUGCUGUCUCAGAUGCCUCAGGAUCUGCCAUACGAGGAGCUGAUUGGUCGAGCUCAGAGCCUCUUCAUCAGCUGCCCGCCCUCUCUGCUGACCCAGUCUGCAGCGCUGCAGUCACGCAACAUAAUCGCCAUCAGCACCUUUACGGACUUCCAGUCGUCCACACUGAGGCAGCGUCCAGACUCCGUCCUUCGCCAACAGCUUCAGGAGCACCAUGAAACCCAGCCAGCCCUUCCCAUGAGCGCCCAGCCAGUGAACACUAACCAACUCAUCAAAAUGGCAGUGUGGGGUCUGUCCGCCACGUUAGGGGCGGCGGCGCUGGCUGUGGCCCAGACGGCCAUGGACUGGGCACCUGACUUUCUCUCCCAGCUCUUCUGACACAAAGCGCCUCAUUCUCGUGUGCCAAAUUGAGUGUACUGCAUUUGCAGAUAUGUGUUAAGUGGUGCAAAACACCCAGAGAAAAUGAAGCUGUGGCUUAUUUAUUUCCGAACCCCCUUCCUUUUUCCUUAUUUAUAGAUUUUAGCCGAGCUAAUAUUGGGGAAGUGGGAGGAGUCAAACGAGGUUUUUGUAAUCAUAAGCAUUUCUGGAUGUCGUUCCAUCAGCAGAAUGUCAGAGAAAGUGCUCUGCUAGGGCAUUCAGAACAGCAGCAAGAGCACAAAUUAUUAAAAGGUUUUUUGCUGCUGAACGCCGUCAGUAGUGAGUGAAGCUCAUUAGAGAAAACGGGUGAAGGCUGAAAGACCACAGAGACUCGCUGGUGAACGCAGCACUUUACAACUAGUUUAUUCCAGAGCGAGAGCGCUUACUAACCUGACACACAUGCUUUCAGGUUCAGGUGUUAGAUGUCCUCUGAAAUCAACCACAGUGGAUGUGUCUCAUUCCACUCACUACACUGAAAAAAAAAGUGGUGUAGAAUUUACUUUAGAAACCAAAAUAAUCACAAAGAAAUGGCAAGUAAUAUAUUGAAUUAAACAUGAAUGUUUGAAGUACAAAAUCUGAAAAUUUCUUGUAAAACUUGCUCCAGUAAUCUUUGGUAAUACAAAUUAAAAUCCAAUAAUACUCCAAUAAUCUUCAUUAAAAAUAAAAACUACAAUAAUACUUCAAUAAUGCUCCAAUUAAUACUCUAAUAAUCUUUAAUACAAACUAAAAUUCCAGUAAUACUCCAAUAAUCUUUUAUAAAAAUUAAAACUCCAAUAUUACUCCAAUUUAUACUCCAAUUAUCUUUAAUAAAAAUGAAAACUACAAUAAUACUCCAAUAAUGCUCCAAUUAAUACUCCAAUAAUCUUUGUUAAUAAAAAUCUAAAUCCAAUAAUACCCCAAUAAUGCUCCAAUUAAUUCUCCAAUAAUCUUUAAUAAAAAUUAAAACUACAAUAAUACUCCAAUAAUCUUUAAUAAAAAUUAAAACUACAAUAAUACUUCAGUAAUGCUCCAGUUAAUUCUCCAAUGAUCUUUAAUAAAAAUGAAAACUACAAUAAUACUUCAAUAAUGAUCCAAUUAAUACUACAAUAAUCUUUAAUAAAAUUGAUAACUCCAAUAAUACUCCAGUAAAUAUUCCAGUAAUCUAGACAUAUUAAAAAAAAAAAAAACUUAAUAAAAUUACUAAAACACAAUAAAAUUACGAAAACUUUCAAAUUAAAAUUUCUAAUUUCGCUAAGUUGAAGUACUAAAAUUCCUGAAAGUAAAACUGAAAUCAAAUUUGAUAGAAAUGUUCCUGAUUUUUCUACUUUCGAGGUCAAGUGCCGCCGUGCCUGUGACAUCAUUCUGUGCCUGUGACAUCAUUCUGUGCCUGUGACAUCAUUCUGUGCCUGUGACAUCAUGCCGUUUAUGGUGAAGCUCUCUGAGAAGCAGUGAAACGCAACAAAACGGCCAGAGACGUCCAUUUAAUUCAUGUGUAUGGACCAAAAAUGAGUAAAACAUGGUUAUGUAGCUCCAUGAGCUUUAUCCUUCUGGUGUCAGAGAUUAUUAUAGUACACAGCUGGUGCUCACUGCUUUUAUGGUGCAUUUUUAGGCAAAUGUUUCAGUGCACUAAAAUGUUUAUAAGUGUGCUUACUGAAGUAGGGAGUGGACUGAGACACAGCCAGGAAACAGCAUACUUAGACUUAGCAUAGUUAACCAAACAUCAGAGGUCUUAAAGACCCAGGAUUUUGUAAUUAGAUAAAUUAUGAUCAAGUGCAGAUGAGGACAGUGUUGUCAACGUACCAUCCCAUACUGAUUUUAACAGAAAGUUCCAAAGCAAAACACAAUAUGUUCAAUAUGUACCUGUUUUCCACCAGGUCAAAAUACACACCUUUAUUCAUUUGCAAUUGGUGCAGGAUUUACCUUGAAACAGUUUUCACUCAGAAAUUGCUAGAAAUUUCACAAAUCAUUACAAAGAAAUGGCAAGUAAUGCAUUGAAUUAAACAAUUUUGAAGUGCUGAAAUAGUAUUUUUUGUAAAACGUACUCCAAUAAUUAUGGAAGCUUGUUUCCGCCACUAAAUAAAAAAAUAAAGUAAUUGCGACUUUUUGUCUCACAAAUCUGACCUCAUAGCAUGCGAGUUAUAAAGUCAGAAUUGUGAUAUAUAAACUCGCAAUUCUGAGGAAAAAUGUCAAUCUUUUUUCCCCUCACAAUUGGACAGUCUCACAAUUCUGACUUUUUAUCUCGCAAUUCUGACUUUUUAUCUCACAAUUCUGACUUUUUAUCUCGCAAUUCUGACUUUAUAUCUCACAAUUCUGACUUUUUAUCUCGCAAUUCUGACUUUUUAUCUCACAAUUCUGACUUUAUAUCUCGCAAUUCUGACUUUAUAUCUCGCAAUUCUGACUUUAUAACUCGCAAUUCUGACUUUAUAUCUCACAAUUCUGACUUUAUAUCACAAUUCUUGUUUCCGCCACUAAAUAAAAAAAUAAAGUAAUUGCGACUUUUUGUCUCACAAAUCUGACCUCAUAGGAUGUGAGUUAUAAAGUCAGAAUUGUGAUAUAUAAACUCGCAAUUCUGAGGAAAAAUGUCAAUCUUUUUCCCCUCACAAUUGGACAGUCUCACAAUUCUGACUUUAUAACUCACAAUUCUGACUUUAUAUCUCGCAAUUCUGACUUUAUAUCUCGCAAUUCUGACUUUAUAUCUCGCAAUUCUGACUUUAUAUCUCGCAAUUCUGACUUUUUAUCUCGCAAUUCUGACUUUAUAUCUCGCAAUUCUGACUUUAUAUCACGCAAUUCUGACUUUAUAUCUCACAAUUCUGACCUCAUAGGAUGUGAGUUAUAAAGUCAGAAUUGUGAUAUAUAAACUCGCAAUUCUGAGAAAAAAUGUCAAUCUUUUUCCCCUCACAAUUGGACAGUCUCACAAUUCUGACUUUUUAUCUCACAAUUCUGACUUUAUAUCUCGCAAUUCUGAGGAAAAAAGUCAGAAUUGUGAGACAAAAAGUUACAUUUUUUAUUUUUAUUUGAUGGCAGAAACAAGCUUCCAUAAAUAAUGUUUUAUUUGCAACUUUGAAAAAUCAUUUUUAUAGUGCAUGUAAAUCGAACUUGCUUUUAAAAAAUCCUACAGUCUUUUUGCUUCUUUUUGAGGCUUAAUUGCGGGACAGAUCCUCCCAGAAUGUUGUACGGCUGAGGAUUGAUUUCUAUUUAAUAUGACAUCAAUAAAAAUUGGAGUAUAGUCCAAUAAAAAUUCCAUAAAACAUGC